AUGGCGAUCCACAACGUGAUCGGCGACGCGGCGCGCGGCGCGACGUGGGUCUCGAUCCACAACGGCGGCGGCUGCGGCUGGGGCCAGGUCAUGAACGGCGGGUUCGGCCACGUGCUCGAUGGGUCGCAGGCCGCUGAGCGCAAGGCCGCCAGCAUGCUGCGCUGGGACGUCAACAACGGCGUCUCGCGCCGCGCGUGGGGCCGCAACGACAAUGCGUGCUUUGCGAUCGCGCGCGAGAUGGAGGUCGACCCGCUCCUCACCGUCACGAUGCCCCAGGCCGCCGACGACGACCUCAUCAAGCGCGUGUGCGACGCGACCUUUCACAUUUGA